AUGGGGAGCAAACUUAUAAAAGUGCAGAGUGAUAAGGAGAAAGGGCAACAUGCCGAACACAGGAGGAGGGCGCAAUUAAAGGAGCCAUACAUUUCUGAGGAGCAACACAGAGAACUGAUGACUCCCACAGAACCUAAGAGAAGAGAACAUUUUGAGUCUUUUCCAGGGGAGCUGUCGACAGAUUUAAAUAACCAAACUUUAGCAGAGCAACUGAUAAAAUUAAAAGAAGAAAACCAACACAGAGGUGACAGAAUAGCAGAACUUGAAGAUUAUAUUUUAAAAUUACAGAAUUCCCAAAGCUUAGCAGAGCCAGAAUUCAAAGGAAAGGAAGCUGUGGACAAUCAGCAGAUAUUAGAAGAGAAAUUGAAAGAGUACGAGGUUAAGCUGGAGAAAAGGACAGAAGAAUCAGUGACUUUAAGAAAAAAGUUCAAUGAGAUGGAGCUUUCAUAUCAUCAACUUCGAUUUGAAUGUGAUGCCCUUAAAGGCAAACUGGCUUCAGUGAGGGAACUGGAUUCAUUGGAUUCUCGCAGCAGCGAUGAGGAGGCUGAAGGUAAACAUGGUGCCAAAACAGAGCUACUUCAAAGUGUCAAAAAUUUAGAAGGGCUUUUAAAGAUCAAAGAAAUGAGUGAGAAGGAACUAAUGGAAACAGUCAAAGAGCUUCAAGGGCAACUAUUGCAAAACCAGGAGAAUCAGAGGCUGCUUAGCUUGCGCUGUGCCAAAUUGGAUCAAUUGACCAAGCAGAAAGAAGACGUCGAAAGCAAGCUAGAGGAGAGGUACAGCCAAGUCGAGCAGUUACAGAAGGAAAAAGAAAGUUCGGAGGAAGAGUACCAGGAGCAAAUUAAAAUGUUGCUUGAUGAGAUCAAAGAGCGAGAUGAAGCCCAUUCCCAGCUCGAGGCAAUUAACAAAGACUUGCUUCAGAAAAUAGGGGAUAUGGAAGAGUCCAGAACUAGUCUUGAAUCGAAGACUGCCAAAUUAAAGAUGGACAUGGAAGAGAGAGUGGAUAGUGAAUUAAAAUUAAAAAAGCAAUGUUCAGACCUGGAGAAAACUGUCCGAGAUUGGGAACAUUUUGAGCAGCAGCUGAAUGAGCAAUUUAAACGAGUAGAAAGUAAGCAAAACGGCAAAAUUAAAAACCUAAGAAAACAAGUGGAAGAGAAAGACAAAACUUUAAAAGAGACCUUGCAGGAGAUGGAGGAACUCAAGAAAAGCAUCAAGGAUGCAGAGAGCCAACUUCACGAAAGGCAGCACAUUUCUCCGGAGAUUCUUAAGGAAAAGAAGCAACUUGAAGCUGAGCUGAGCAGAAUGGCUGAGGCUGAAAUAAACAAGGCAGGGUUCAUUGUGAAGAUGAGAAGCAGGUUUGAAAUGGAAUUGAAUGAAAAAAACAAAGAGUUGGAAGACUUCAAAGAUGAAAUUGAAAGUUUGAACGAAGAGGUCGGUCAGUUGCGAGAGCAACAAAGACAACAAAAUGAAGCUGAAAGGAAGCUGCAAGAGAGAAGCAAGAUGCUGGAAGAGCUGAUGGAAGAUCUGCAGGAAGGGGAGACCAAAGUCCUACAGGAAAAGAUAGCUCGCAUGGAAAAGCUAAUCAAUAUGAAAGAAGAAACUGAGGAGAAAUUACAGGCAAGGAUCUCCAAGCAGGAAUCCUUACUAAAAGAAAUGGAAGAGACUGAAAGAAGACUGGCCCAACGUAAUGAAGAAAUGGGUGUCAAACAACGUGGGAUGAAUGAAGAACUACAUCGCUGGAAAACAAAGUGCUCUAGCCUUGAAAAAUUUGAAAGGGAAGUGAAGUUUGAAACAAAAUGUCAGAGAGAUAGGAUUAAAGAGUUGGAAGUUGCUAAAACUAACUUGGAGGUGCAACUUCAAAAGAAGAUCAGUGAGUUUGAUGAGCUUGGCCUUUUGAAGAAAAAAGAACAAGCAAAUGUAACAGCAGAGCUUAACAAAAAGAUUGAAGAGCUCAAGUUCAAAGAGUCUGUCUGUCAAGUAGCAAAGCAAAACCUUGAAACACAGUUGAAAAAACGAAUGAAAGAAUUUGAAAUUUCUGAGGUAAAUGUUAAGAGCCUUAGGACAAAACUUGAGGAGGCAUUGGAAGAAAAGCAAUGUGGAAUAAGAAAAGUUGAAAUAACCAUGCGGCAGGAGAAGAAAGCCCUGGAAACUCAGCUUGCUAAAGAGUCUCAAUUAGUGAUUUCUUUGGAGGGCAUGGUUAAAGAGGAAUCCCAGCUCUCACUCACCUUAAAGGGAGAGCUGCACACUAAAGAAGCGACCCUGAAACUUCUGCAAGAGGAGCACUCAAUGCUGCUGGCAAGAAUUCAAGCUUUAGAACAGAACACAUGCAACUGUAAGUUGGAGCACAAUUGUCUUCUAAACUGUUACUACUCUGAUGUAGAAACCCAACGUGGUUAUGGAUAUUAUGACAGGUGUUCAAAGGAUGAAUUCAAUAAGCGUUUCUAUACUUUGUUUUCAUCAGGGCCCUAA